GCGGCCGCGGCGGCUCCGCUGCUUCCGGCGCUCCCGCGGGGGUGGCCCCGGCGGGUUUUCCCUCUCUUCCAUCCCGUCGCUCUGCCCCUGCCUGGCGCCGGCGAGCCGGGCUCGUAACCAGCGCGCAGCGGCGUGGUUACCUCGUGGGAUUGUUGUUGGGGAAACGGCGGAGCGAGGCGGGAGAGCCGGGUUUGUCGGCGAGAGGGAGCCCACCGUCUGCGAUGGCCAAUGUGCUCUGUAACAGAGCAAGAUUGGUCACCUACCUACCAGGGUUUUAUUCCUUAGUCAAAAGAGUUGUAAAUCCCAAGGCUUUUUCUACAGCAGGUUCCUCUGGCUCAGAUGAGCCUCAUGUUGCUGCUACACCUCCUGAUUUAUGUCCAAGAACUGUAUGGCCAGAUGAAGUAAUGGGUCCAUUUGGUCCUCAGGACCAGAGAUUCCAGUUGCCUGGUAAUAUUGGUUUUGACUGUCACCUAAAUGGCACUGCUUCUCAGAAGAAAAGCCAAGUUUCAAAAAGUCUGCCUGAUAUAUUAGCAGAGCCUUCAUCAAGUGAAAGGCAUGAAUUUGUAAUGGCACAAUACAUAAAUGAAUUUCAGGGUGCUGAUGUUCCACAGAAACAGCAAAUAAAUAAUGCUGAAACUUACUUUGAAAAUGCAAAGGUAGAAUGUGCAGUACAAGCUUGUCCUGAGCUGUUACGAAAAGACUUUGAGUCAAUGUUUCCAGAAGUGAAUGCUAACCGUUUAACAGUAUUAACUGUCACCCAGAAGACUAAAAAUGAUAUGACUGUGUGGAGUCAGGAAGUGGAGGAUGAGAGAGAAAUGCUGUUAGAAAAUUUCAUUAAUGGUGCCAAGGAAAUUUGUUACGCGAUUUGUUCUGAAGGAUACUGGGCUGACUUCAUUGAUCCAUCCUCAGGACAGGCAUUUUUUGGACCUUACACAAACAACACUCUGUUUGAAACAGAUGAACGCUACCGCCACUUGGGAUUUUCCGUUGAUGAUCUUGGCUGCUGCAAAGUUAUUCGUCAUAACAUGUGGGGUACUCACGUGGUUGUAGGAAGUAUUUUCACUAACGCUGAGCCUGACAGCCCUAUCAUGAGAAAACUAAGUGGAAACUAGCAGUCAUCAAGGUUUCACAAGUUCUUAUGACCUUUGCAUUCUUUUACUUGAUGAUUCUCUCUAAGCUUUGUCAGGAAAUGCCACACUUGAAAGUAUUCUUAGAUAAUAAAGUAGCUGUUAUUUAUUUUAGUCUUUGUGAAUGUGUUCACCACAUGUGACUUAGAACAUUGACAACAUUCAAACAGAUACCUUUAUGUGCCGCAUGAAUUAAGCUGUGAGUUUCCUUCAUCUUGAAUGAGUUUAAACCUACUUGUACCUAGCUAUCUGCAUAUCCUAUUUUUAACACUAUCUUACAAGCCACACUUCUGAAUCAUUUUGUCUUUCAGUGACUGACAAAUCUGUGCUCUUAGUAUUAAAAAUCGUGACACCCUUGCAGUUUCCAGGAAUUUUGCCACUUACUGGAAUAAGUAAGUGGCAAAAAAAAGUGGAAUAAGUAACAAUUAUUCUCCCAGAAUACAAAACUUAAUAAGAACUGCAGAAAUUAAUGCUGGACUAAUCAAUCAUUUGCUGAUCUAAAAUGAGAAUAAUGAGGUAAGCUUUCAGUGGUUUCUAACUAGAAGUAAUACUUCAGUAGGGAAGUGUUCACUUACUUGAUUGCUACAUCCAGAAACUCAGUAAAAAGUCUUAAAUUACUCCAGAA